AAAUGGGAAAUAGUGUAAUAAUAAUAAUUUAGCUAAGUAUGCAAGUGGUGCACGGUACGGCCACAAGAUGCUAACAAGAUAAUGUUUUGUCGUUGGGUGCUUUGUGCUCUCCGAAAGGCAAUGAGGUGAUGAUAGAUCUGUCCUCUGCUAGCUGGCUGGAUCCAUUACAAACGACUCCUGAGCUUCGGCAGAGUGCUUAUGAAAAUGACUUUGUCAAGAAAUUGUCACGAUGGCACCAGCUGUAAAAAUUGGAACGUGGUGUCAUUAUUUUACCAACUUCGUGAAUUAUUACGUACGAUGUGUGCUAUUCUCGUUUAAGUAUUUUGCAUUUGCACCUUUUCCUCGCGGUAGCUGUGUCGCCACUUCGCCAGUGCCUACAUUGCCUCGGUAGCGUAAUAGCCUACUUCUGAGAACUGUACCACGCAAUUCUAAGAACUGAAUAGCCUAUAUUCAAUGAUGAGCAAAUAUCGUUGUGCCGCGUUACGGAUACCAGGUGUGUUUUGUCUGUUGGAGCACAAACUGCAUAUCGACGUAAACGUCCGACUAGAAAUAGAUAUUGCUAAUCCAUUUGUAGGCUACUGCGAUUAUUUAUAGUUGGUUAAUUGAAGUGCUAAGCUAUAUUAACAGUUGAUGUAAAUAGUCUACAAUAAAAAACGACCUGGUUUGCUAACAUAUCCAAGUGAAUUAAUAUCAACCCGAUUUACGAACCGUAAUGCCCUAUUACAAUGCAUUUUAUUAAUGAGAGAAAUGUGUUCGACUUAUGAUUAAUAGUUAUACUUUUUAAGGUGAACACAUGAUGGAAUGCAUUUCUGGCGGUAAACUAGCUAUCUAUUCGGCCUGGUUUGCGUGAUUGACUUGUCUUCGCUGGGACUAGCGACAAGUGUUCAAUUAAUAUGGAAGAGGCACUGUUACCUGAUCUUCUUUCAUCGCUGGACGUGGAAAUAGACCCAGAUUUUGAGCCACAGAAAAGGCCAAGGUCCUGCACCUGGCCUCUACCUCGACCAGAGUCCAAUACAGAAAAACCUGGAUCUACUGACAGUGAGAUUAUUCCCGAGGAAGGGGACGAUGAUGCUAACUCUUCUGUCACUAGUGGCACAAACGGAAUAGUGAGCUACACCUCCACUACGGGGAGUGACGGAAACGGUUCCAGUGCUGCCCCCGUGGACGGUAUUAAAGCCGCGUCAACCAUCCUGCAAAAGUCAAGUUCGCCGCUUUCCUCGCCCUCUCCCACAGUGCCUGGACAGCCAAGAAAGUCGUCUUCGCGCAGGAAUGCCUGGGGUAACCUCUCGUACGCAGACCUUAUCACCAAAGCCAUCGAGAGCUCGCCUGAAAAAAGACUCACCUUAUCCCAGAUCUACGACUGGAUGGUCCGAUGUGUGCCAUACUUCAACGAUAAAGGCGACAGCAACAGUUCGGCAGGGUGGAAGAACUCCAUCCGGCACAACCUGUCUCUCCACAGCCGCUUUGUGCGGGUACAAAAUGAGGGAACAGGAAAGAGCUCCUGGUGGACUAUAAAUCCGGACGGUGGGAAAGGGGGAAAGCCCCCCCGGCGGCGUGCUGUAUCCAUGGACAACAGCAGUAACUACUCCAAGAGCCGUGGCCGUGCUGCCAAGAAGAAGGCUGCCUUACAGGUAGCCCAGGAGGAUGGCUCUGAGAGUCCCUCUGGUCCAUCCAAGUGGCCUGGCAGUCCUGCGUCCCGCAGCAGUGAGGACCUGGAUGCCUGGACAGACUUCCGCUCCAGAACCAGCUCCAGUGCCAGCACACUCAGCGGCCGCCUCUCUCCCAUCUUGGCCAACCCUGAGCUGGACGGGGUGGUGGGUGAUGAUGACCCACCCCUGUCCCCCAUGCUGUACACUAGCCCCAAUGGCACAUCCCCCUCGGUAACAGCCUCUGGUCCUGCUGAGCUCCCCCGGCUUGCUGACCUGACCGGCACCAUGAACCUCAACGACAGACUGCAUGACAACCUCCUGGAUGACCUCCUGGAUGAUGUUGGUCUGAGCCUACCCCUUGAAGCAUCAUCAGACAGCAGCGAGUGUGGCGAAGUUGCGGCAAGGGGCUCAGGCCUCAGCGCCGCCGGGUAUGCCAGCUCCAGCUUUGGCCCACCAUCCGGACUGCGUCCAUCGCCCAUGCAGACCAUCCAGGAGAACAGUCAAUCCUCCUUCUGUGGCUUCAGUACCCAGACCCUGCAGGACCUGCAAGGCUCUGCCCCUCAUAGCCACAGUGAUGUAAUGAUGACUCAUUCGGAUCCACUGAUGUCACAGGCUAGUGCUGUGGUGUGCUCGCAGAAUCCUCGCCGUAGCGUCUUGCUCCGCAGCAACCCCAUGAUGUCCGGCCAGGGUGGCUCCGUGGGCAAGGCCUCAACCCUCCACCACCAGGUCCAGCAUCAGAGCUCCUUGCCAGCUGCAUGGAGGGCUGGUUUAGCUGGAGAGAUGAAUGACCUGGUCUCCCUGAAGCAGCAGGCCCUGUCCCCUGGUACCAGUCCCUCUAUGCACCUAGGUUUGUCUGACUCCGACUCCGGCCUUCAGCUCUCGGCCCAGGACAGGUUCCCCAGUGACCUGGACAUGGACAUCUUUACAAGCAGCCUGGACUGUAAUGUAGAUGACAUUGUCCAGUCAGAGCUGAUGGACACCGAUGGGCUAGACCUCAGCCUGCCCUCUACUCAGAACACUGUGACCUUGAGCCUGGGUGGGUUCUCCAGUGCCAAGCAGGCCACCUCCCAGAGCUGGGUACCAGGGUGAGGACUCAGGGGGUCAAGCUCUUGGUGUGUAAUCAUGGUUUACUCAAACUCUGUAUACAAAUGUAUUAAUCUCUGCAGGGUUCUUCCCGAAAAAAUGAAACAGUGGUGCACAAUCCGCCACUGUGUAAUGAUUUGUUCAACCACUAUCAAGUGUAAGCGAUAUUCAAUAUUAAGAACUUCAUUUAUUGGGGAUACGCAGCAGAUUAUUAUAGCUCACUGAUUUCAAUCUUAUUGAAGAUUGUUACACAAGAUUGUUACAAAAGCCCUCAUAAACAUUUCAUUUUUUAACCAAGUUAAAAUGCUGUAAAAUGUGUUUUCAUAUCAAAGUGAACAUUUUUUGUUGUGAAAAUUUGGUGAAACGCCAUCUACAGUGGUUCCGUGUUUAAUUUGGCACUCCCCCUCGGGACAUCUGCCGGGCAGCAGCAAAUGUGCAUAUAUUUUUUCCACAGUAACUACUUGUUGUUUGCACAACCACCACCAGGUAAAAGUGGAUAGUGGAGGCAAAUGUGAGUACUGUAGUCCAUAGCGGUCUGAAAUAGUAGAAGAGUUUUGAAUUUGAUCCGGUAGGAGAUGGGGAGCCAGUGGAGGGAAGCAAGGAUGUGUUGAUUUUUCCAUACUCUUAACAGGAGCCGGUGAGCACGGUUCUAUAGAAUAUACUGGAGCCUGUGGAGGCUCUUUGCAGGAAUCCUAAUGAAGAGAGCAUUACAGUAGUCAAGCCUCGAGGAGACAAAGGUGUGCACAAGCUUCUCGGCAUCUCACAGGGAUAGAGUGGGAGAGAGUUUAGCAAUUUUUUAAAGGUGAAAAUAUUUUGUCUCGUAAAUAUGGUUGAUGUGAGAUUCAAUGUACGUUUUCUGUCACACACUGUACAAAACCAAAAACCAGAUUCACAGAGUUUGUUGUUAUUAGCGCCGCCAUUUUCUUUAACCCCUUAAGUAUCACCCCUUUUUGACACAAGCUUGAAAAUGGCAUACCCAAAAUAAAAUGGUUACCAUUCCUGAACCCUUUGGACUACAGGCAUAAUCCUUGUCUCUUCUGAAAGAUAAACCUGUGGCAUUUCUUUUCCAAGAGUCUACAAGAGUAUAAAAAGUUACAGAAGCUCAAACACAGUGGAAGUGGAAGCUUAUUUUUUGUCUUUGACUGGAUACAUAAAAUGAGCAUUCUGCAUUGUUUUUUCUAUGGUAUGUCUAGGCAGUUUUCAAUUGGAGAACUGAAUUAAAUAAUCAAAUGAAAUAUUAUGAGGUGUAAAAUACUGCAUUUUGAUUACUAGAUAUACAACACUUUUAACUUAACAAGGCAUUUCUGUAUGCAGAACUGCUGCUCACUGGAUUUUGCAAACUCUAGGGACUAGUGUGUGAGAUCAGCAGGUUCUGAGAUACUGAAACCUGGUCUGCCACCAACGAUCAUUCCACGGUCAAAGUCACUUAGAUGAAAUUUUUUCCCCUUUCUGAUGGUUGAUGUGAACAUUAACUGAAGCUCCUGACUCGUACAUGAUUGUAUGCAUUGCACUGCUGCCACACAAUUUGCUGAUUCAAAAAUCACAAGAAUAAGUAGGUGCAAUAAAGUAAAAAUGUUUCUAAUAAAA